CGCACAGAAUGCCCUUCGACCCGCCCACCUUCACACGGCUGCUGCCGACUGGCUGCUCCCUCGGGCAGCGGCUCGAGUACCACGCGUCCCUGUCGUCCACUAUGACCGCCACACGCGAGCUGGUUGGCUCCGAGGGCGGCGCGUCCCUCCACGGGGCCGUCGUACUUGCAGACGAGCAGACCGCGGGACUUGGGCGGCGCGGCCGCUCGUGGGACGCGGAGGCGUGCUGCUCCCUCCUCUUUUCGCUCGUGUGGGCGCCCGCAGCCGCCGGCCCGCCCGCGUUUCCCGAGCUGGUGAGGCUCAAUCUUGCCGCGCCGCUCGCCGUCGCCGGCGCCUGCUCAUUGGUGGGCGUCUCCUCGGGCCUGGUCAAGUGGCCCAACGACGUGUGGGCCGGCGUGCCGCCCAAGAAGCUGUCUGGCGUGCUGCUCGACUACGACGGCCGCGAGGCGGCGGUGCUCGGCGUCGGGGUGAACGUGCUUCAAGACAUGUCGCUGCACCCGGCAGCGACGUCGGUCGCGACCCUGCUGGCUGCGCAGACGCCGUCCCCGCCCGGUCGGGAGGCCGAGCCGGGAUGGGCCGGCGCGCUGGAGCCGUCGUCUCCGCUCGCGCCGCCCGCGUCGCUGCGCGAGCGGCUGCUCGCCUCGUUUUGCGGCGAGCUCGAGCGGCUGAUGCGGAUGGAGACGGCGCAGGUGGUGGCCGAGCACCGCCGCCGCGACCUGCUGCGCGGCCAGACCGUGCGUGUUCACCACCGCACCCGCGAGGAGCACGACCCGCGCGACUACGACGCGGUCGCCGCUGGGGUUGGCGAGGACGGGGCGCUGCGCGUGAGGCGAGUCGGUGAGCCCGCCGGCAGGGAGGUGGCGCUGGCCGCGGAGGAGGUGUCCAUCAGUCCGCUCGGCCCGGCGAGCUAGCUCGGGAGGCGCGCAUGUGUGGAUCUGCCAUGCCACGGGGACUCGGCGGCGGGGAUGCGCGGGGACUGGGAGGUGCGUCGGAGGAAGGCGCGCAUGUGUGUGGAUCCCGGCAGUGGAUGUGCGCGCAUGUGCACCGCGCAUGUAGGCAUGUGCAUGUAGUACCCGCCUUUGGCGUUGGCAACAUCAGAUGUCGGAGGUCUU